AUGGCUCAGACCUCCCAGUGCCGAAAUUCCCACCUCUAUUACUACAUCAUCAAAUUCUCUCUCUCCACCUACGCCACCCUCUUCUCGAUCCUUGGCCUCGUGAUCCUGUGCGUUGGGAUUUACGCCGAAGUGGAAAGGCAAAAACACAAAACCUUGGAAGGGAUCUUCCUGGCUCCAGCCAUCAUCCUUCUCCUGCUGGGUGUCACCAUGUUUGGUGUCUCCUUCGUGGGCAUGGUGGGGAGCCUCAGGGACAACCGGAUGCUGCUGAAGAUGUUCUUCUGGGUCCUUCUGGUGAUCUUCCUCACAGAGCUGCUGCUGCUCUUCAUUGAAAUAAUCUUUGAGAACAAGAUGAAUGCAGUUCUCCACUCCAACAUCCAGGAGGGCAUCAGGCACUACUAUGAUGACCUUGACUUCAAGAACAUCUUGGAUUUUGUCCAAGAAAAGUUUUCCUGCUGUGGUGGUGAUGAGUACCGGGACUGGGAGGUGAACCAGUACCACUCCUGCAACAGCAGUGGGGCACUGGCCUGUGGGGUGCCCUACACCUGCUGCAUCAGGAAGGUCCCUGGAGAAGUCAUCAACACCCUGUGUGGGUACAGGACACUGGAUAAAGAGCGCCUGGAGCUGCUCGAGGUGAUCCACGUGCGCGGCUGCAUCCACGCCGUGGGACUCUGGCUCAAGGACAACUUUGAGGCCACUCUGGGCAUUGUUUGCUCCCUGCUGCUUCCACAGGUGAUUGGCCUGGUGAUGGCUUGGCUGUAUUGGCAAAAGCUUGAUGAGAUCUACUCCAAGCUGGACACCGUGGACUUCAGGAUCCUGGAGAUGAGGGAUUUCAGCUUCGGGGCAGUGGAUCUGAGUGGUGCAGGAUGGUGCUGGUGCUUGCCCAGGGAAGGAGGUUACAUCCCUGUCAAUGCUGAGGAGGAGGAGGAGGAAGGGACCAUCUGCCACAGCCAAGUGUGA